UCCGGUUUCAGUUUCAGCCAUGAGUACAAAACAUGACAUAAACGGGAUUGAUAAUUGCACAAGCCAGGAAGAAAGAAAAGAUUUGAAAAACAUGACAUCUUUCUCUUUGAAUCUCAGAAAAUAUUUUGUUGCUUUGCGGCCGUGGUCGUUCACGGCCUCUCUGACACCCGUUGCCUUAGGAAGCACAUUGGCCUACAAAUCUACAUCUGAGUUUAGUCUGAGUAUAUUCUUGGUGACUUGUCUCUCAGCUUUGUCAGUUCACGCUGCUGGGAACUUGGUGAACACCUACUUUGAUUAUCUGAAAGGAAUUGAUAGCAAGAAAGCAAGUGAUGACAGGACAUUAGUUGACAAUGUGUUACCGCCAGUGGUGGUUUCAAAUUUGGGAGCCUUCUUUUACAUAAUGGGUUGCUUAGGAUGUUUUGUAUUGACAUUCCUAUCUCCAGCUAAGAUGGAACAUCUUGCUCUCAUAUACUUUGGUGGACUGUCUUCGAGCUUCUUAUAUACUGGUGGUCUGGGACUGAAGUAUAUCGCGUUGGGAGAUCUGUUAAUAUUUCUGACAUUUGGACCACUCACUGUCAUGUUUGCUUAUCUGAGUCAAACUGGACAUUUAUCAAUGAUGCCAAUACUUUACGCACUGCCAUUAGCUUUAAAUACAGAGUCAAUUCUCCAUGCCAACAACACCAGAGAUAUGGAAUCAGAUCGUAAAGCUGGGAUUGUAACAAUGGCAAUACUCCUAGGGAAAACUGGAUCCUAUUUCUUCUUUGCAUUUUUAUUGUUUGUACCAUUCAUUAUUUUUGUGUUGAUGGGACUACAUUUAUCAUCCUGGAUGUUCCUGCCAUUAAUUUGUGUGCCAGAGGCCUUCAGUCUAGAAAGAGUUUUUAGAGAUGACAGUUUACAAAAACUACCACAGAAAGUUGCUAAAUUAAAUUUAUUUUUAGGAAUUUUAUUUACUUUGGGUUGUAUAUUAUCAAACAAAACAGCAUUUGUUCUCUGAAACAUUUAUUUUCAAAAUAAUAUUUUGUUUUCAGCUACUUUGAAGAUUGAUCUUCAUAAAUUUCAUGUUCAUUAUAAGGCCAUCAACAGCAUUAUCUUUUUUAAGGACACAUUCUACCUGAGUCAUACUUAUUACUGUUUCUGAAAAGACUUUGAAAACUGAAGAGUGAAGACACUGCCAAAUAUUUUCAAAGAAAAACAUAAGUGAUUUCAAUAAAAACCAAUUAUUACAGUAUACAGUGACUUAAUGCUAACAUGAAUUCCCUGUUUUGCAUCACACACGUGAAUCAUUAGUUUGUUUUGUAUAAAAUUUAAGCUCUUAUCAUAUACAGUACAUACAAAAGAAAUGUUUCAUGGGUCUUACUGAAUUUAUUUUUUAAUGAAUAAGGUUUAUGUUGUGUUCAGUCUUUAGAAUUAAUUGUACUAAUACUACAGAAAAAUAUCAAUGUGAUCUAUACAUUCACUACAUGUUUGUAAAUGACUUAAAUAUUAAUUAAAUUACUGCAUAACUUUU